CCCUGAUGUCUUCGUACCACAAGUUGGCCGUAUAUAAAAUGCGCAUAUUUAAUCCGACCACAAACAAAGAAAGAAGCGUAAGAUAGCUAGAUGUAUAUAUAUGUAUACUGGUUCAAAGAUGAAAAUAAUGAAUUAUACUAGAAUUUCACCUAUCACUUCGACGGCGUUACUGGAUCUAUUCAAACAACCAGACACGAACAAAAUUAUAGACUGUCGCUCAUAUACGGCAUACAACAGUGGUCAUGUAAAACAAGCUAUAAACAUAUGUUGUCCAACAUUACUGAGGCGGCGAUUACGAAAGACCAGUGCGUCACUAGAGACAUUAAUAUCAUGUCAAACAACUCUGAACAGCCUACGAGAUAGCAAAGUUAAGACGAUUGUUUUGUAUGAUGACGGUGCACAAGUCGAUGUGACAGAAUCAGGCAAUAAUACUCUGUCCCUCAUAGGUUCUAUGUUAGCCGAGGAACUUAAAAAGAAAAUUUACUAUUUAAAAGGUUUGUAUGUAUAGAAUAUUAUUUCUAAAUAUAACUUAUAAUUUUCAACACUAUCAAGGCUGGAACACCUAAUUAUACUGUUGUAACAUAUAGAUAUAACAAUUUAUAAUGGUAGAUUUGUUUAUUAUGGAGUUGUAUGUGCUGACUUGGACGUUGCAUGAACCAUUAGCGUGUUUUGAAUGUUUGUGAAGGGAUUUGAAUGAAAUGUUGUCAAAUUUGGAAUGAUAAAUAUUGAACGGGCUUUGUUUUAAACUACAGGAGUUAAAUGAUUUAUAAAUCAUUCAAAGCGAGGUUCAAAUUAUACAAACUACAAAGUUUAACUCUGUGAAGGCCAUCUGCACUGUCCCUUUUACUUCACGUGUAGGUAAGCGUUAUAAGAGAAAUAUAAAUAGGUAUUAUGUAGGAUAAACUAAGUGGGUGAAAUAUAAUCAUGGUUACAAUGAAUGAUUCUUUAUGAUAUUGUUACUUGGGAACUGCUGUUUUAGCAACAGUCGUGGUAGAACUGUAGAAGUUAAUAUAACAUGAAUUCCGGCUAGAAGCGUGGUUUGCCUUCAAUAGUUUAGCCGACUUUUGGAUUGUAAUAGCCACUCGACCGGCUUAAUCAUGGCUUAAUGUACUACAUCAGGUUUAACGGCAAACAAGGUAAUAUAGAAAGUUAGUAGGGGUUUAGCGCAACUCUGACUGAAACACGCUCAUAAUGAGAAAAACAUUUCCUAUUUUGGUUACGGUAAAGGUCAUUAUUCCUUCUACGAUAACUUGAUUGAACGAAGUUUUCAACUCUCAUAUCUUUAGGCAAGGUACACAGUCCGUAAUUUGACCCAGAUAGUUCAAAACAGGAAUCCAAAAGGCGACAUGUCAUAUUUUAUUAUAGAAUUAGGAUAUUAAGGAGUUCAUUACCAUCUUCGGAAAAUUAUAUGGGAUACGUGAUUACAGUCAUAUGAUAUUAGUUACAUUGUCAUAACUAAAAAAUCUCGAGAAUGGAAUAGUCACUUCAGUAAAAUAAACCAACUUUUUGUCAGAGUGCUUGCCUUAAUGAGGAUUAAUAUAUAGCAGGGUCACUAUAUACACAAGUUGAAAAUGUGAGACAGAUUUCCUGUUCGGCUCGCAGAAAGGUAGGUCAAACCUUUUCCCAUUGUUCUGUGCAGGAUUCUCACAUGGUGCUAUUUUCGAUUUUGUAUUUUCACAUUUGUACAGGCCUAGAAAUUUUCUCUUCCUGCAUGGCAGGAAAAUCGAAAAAUAAAAAUUUCCUGUGUACAUCAAGUAUAAAACUUCCUGCAUAUUAUAUAGAGUUAGAGAACAUUUGGCGCAUAUUGUGAUAAACUUCAAGACAAUCUCGACUUGCAAAACGCUUUUGUAAACAAUAUAAGUAUAUUAUAUGGCAUUCCAGUACAUAAGAUGACAAGAUGCAAGAACGCUUGCUGCUGACGCUGCCAGAAAUAUUUCAGCAAUGCAUUUUUUAUACAUUGCAAUAUUUUUAGCUUGAUGAAAUCCUGUAGACUGUGAUUGGUUUGUCGAAUGAGUUGCGUACAGGCCAAUGUCAAUGUGGUGCAUUAAUGUGCGCAUGCUCAAUUCAAUUUAGUUAAGUCUGGAAGCCAAAAACAGUAGGGGAUCUUAAUCUCGUCAAUGUAUAUGGGGAGCCGUACGUGUAGGUCAGCUCGACUGCUCGAUUGUAUCGAAGCAUACUUUUGGGGGGAUACAUACAGUAUACAGGCUUGGUUUAACACGCACUAUAAAUAUUUUCUUAAUCCCCGUUUUCUGUCUGCCGACUUUGCUCAUGAAUCGCUCUGAUUCACUCCACUCGUUUUGUUUUUGCAAUCAAGUGAACCUAAAACACACUCAAAUGUUCAAGUUCGUUUCAACUUUCUUUCAUACUUUUCAUUUAACCAAUUAGGCCUGACGUCAACUGAUCGUAUACGAAAGGAACUACUAUUGUUCAUUUUAGGUUUUAGUAACACCGUAUAUUAUUCGAGAUUAACGUCCGUGUAUUAACUUGCCGGCAAAUCAUGCAUGCUUUGUAUUUCAACAAGUAUUUGCUAUAUUUUUAUUUGAUGCGUAAAAAUAGCAACCGUGGCGUGAAUUAGAUCAAGGAGGCUUAUUUAAUCUCGUUUCUUUCAACACCUUUCCCGUGAAGUAAUUAUGACCGCGUGUCAGAGAUUGUUUUAGUAAUUACACUUGCUCAUUAAUACAGAUAAUAUAGUACGCUGUGGUAGAUUAUUUCAGAACAAUACAAAUCGUGUCUCCUUUUCAAAAUCAGCUGCGAAGCAUUGGCUAUUGCACACGUGGUUACGUCUCGAUGGUCAGGCUUUAAACUAAAACAACAGUACUCGACUAUGAUUGGCUAAUUUGGCAACCAGUUUUUGUGAACGUGUGACCGCGUGUAACGAUUUAUUAUUUAUCACGUCGUAAACUGCGUUUUCUUUUCGCAUCGCGAAUUUGCUUAUUACAUCAUUUGAGUCGAGCGUAUACAAGAACUAAUGGACGAUAUUUCCUCAUAAGUUUUAAGGAUUGUACGUCCUUGUUUGUCGCGAUUGCGGAACAUCUCAUUGAAAUUGAACACUCGACGAACGUGUACGUAUUGAGAAAGGUACGGCUCCCGUUGCAAUUCCUGCAGAAAUUAGCUUGUUUAUGGCUUGUCAUCAGUUGGAAGUCGCACGGUAUUUAACUAAAAAGCAGGCGAAUAAUUUUACCGUGAAGUUUUAGACUGACAUCGUUCAUGGGACAGUGCAUUUUAGUUUAUUGAAGGGAAAUAGAAGAAGACGCUUUGUCGAAUAUCGUAGUAUUUGCGUUCCCGCCCUUUGUUUACUACAACCUCUAUAUGUCUUCUUUCAGGUGGUUUUCAAGAGUUCAAAGCAAAACACGCAAGUAUGUGUGAAUGGACGCAAUCGUCGUCAAGAGAUUUACCACGAAUGGCGGGACGGGGACCUGCCUCCCUACACUUAGACUUCAAUCAAAAGAACGAUAAGGAAACGUCAGAUGAAGCGGACGCAAAAACUGCGCCAGUCGAGAUACUUCCGUUCUUGUACCUUGGUAAUGAAUCUCAUUGCGCUUCAAGGGAAGUGCUUGAGAAACUCGGAGUGACAGCAGUAAUGAAUGUAUCUAAAACUAUCAAUAAUCAUUUUCAAGGCAGCUUUUUAUACAAGAAUGUUCCGGUAGAUGACAGUUAUAAUGCGGAUAUUAGCCGUUGGUUUCGCGUCGCAGUUGACUUCAUCGGUGAGUAGAAUGAUCAGGGCCAAUAUUUGCACGCAAGGCUCUAAGCAGCGGGAGGGUCUUUGACUAGCUUAUUACAGGAUAUUCCACAGCAAGCGCGUCCCUUAAAGGAAAGAAAAAACGCGCAACUAUUUCAAACAUUCUGAUGAUCCAACUUAUGAACUACAGAUUGCCAAAUAUUUAAUGAACAUAUUUAAUUAAAAGUGGGUUGUCGUGGCUUUUUUUUUAAAUUUUCAAUAUUAGUGAACAAAUUAUAGAGAAAUAGGUUACUGUCGUUUUAAUCGUUUUUCCUAAAAUAACCAAGAGAAGUAGUUGGCAUUAUAUUUAUAGCCGAACGCUCAGAAUGAUUUAUAAGCGCACUGCCGGCAAUGCAUUUUCGCACGGUGCAGCCAGUUAAGUACGCCGACGAACGCGCGGUCGGUAUGAAUGUGUUGCCGUAUUUCCUUUCUUACUCAGCAUCCAAUAUUCCUUUAUUUUAUUACCUAGAGUAUUUUCUAGAACGGACUUGACUGACAUGCUUCUCUAAGCGUGCUCAUUGUGAAAUUCAUUCACACCAACAGAAUUUCCCUUCAUGUACAGAUUUGCGCAACUUUUAUGUGUAACAUGUACAACAUGUACAACUUAACUAUAUUCAAGUAAACUUUUGCUUUCGGAUAAAAAUAUAUCAGCGAUGUUUCAAUAAUUUUUAUUUCACUCUGCCUUAAUCAUCUCUAUAUCUGUAAAUUUGUGGGAAACAUUAUAUGAUGCAUUAAAUUACCCAUAACCUCUUCAGAACUGCGCUUGGAAAACUCUUUUGUCAGUCGACGAAGUUAUACAAACUAUUUAAAUGCGUGAUGUUUGAAAUAUUUUGGGCAUUACGAAGAAGCUUUGUAUUCCGGUACUUCGAUACGCUUUCCGUUACUCGAACAUUGUUUUUGCCAAAUAAACAUUGAUAUUGGACAUAUUUUGUCAAAUUUCGUGACGGUGGAUAUUAGCUCUUUUGGUUCCGAAUUUUGGUUUUCAAGUGGUUUCCUCUUAUGUUUUGUUUCACAUUAAAGUGUUCUCAAAUGGUUGCUCAAAAGUCUUUAAAGUGCACUUUAUUUGGACGAUUUUAGUAUGUAUAUUUUAGUAUAUAGGUAUAAAUAAGGUUUGAUAAUAAGAUCAUCCAUAUUCAUACUCAAGAUUUCUGCAGCUGCAAGAAGAAAGCUGUUCCACGCGGCAACCACGCCUCAUACCGUCAUCGUUUAAAAUACAUACUAAAUUUGGCGAUAUAUUGUGUUCGUGUAGACAAUGAUAAAACGUGGAUAACUGAAUAUUGCAUCUAAAGGAUAAGUUAAAGUAAUAUUAUAUCACGCAUAUUACGUUUCUCGAGAUAUAUCAAUGUAUGUUUCCUUACCGUUAUCAGGCUGUUAGCUAUAGUGUAAUCCCCUCGAUAAUCCCUAUAAAACGGUGUAAUCUGUACUAUAUAAUCUGUACUGUCCUCUUUAUAUAUGCAUGUAAUGUCAACACGAUUGAGAGAACAUAUGAGAACGUAUAAUAUUUUUAGAAAAACUUUGCAAAAAAUGAAGUGAUCUUGAUUUCAUCUUUUCAUAAUGACUGAUCCAAAGGCAAAGUAGAGGAAUGCGCUGCCAAAAAGUAAAUUGCUUGAUAAAAUAUUAACAUAGUAAUGAUUUAAUAUAUAUAUUAUUAUAUAUAUAUAUUUACUUUAUUUACAUAAAUGCAUAUUGACAUUUAAAGUUGAAUAAAGCAGCUGUGAUUUGUUUCUAAACUAUCUGAAAACAACACUUAAACACAAAGUUCCUCCUGAGGCUGCACGACGAAAGGCUUUCCAUUGUCGUUUAAUCUUUUUUCCUGUAGUUCAGAAACCAAACCAUGUACGGCAGUGUAUUGUAGAACACAACCUAUAUGCACUUGACACCCACAUUUGAGAUAUUAAUAGUUCGAACAACUAUUAAAAAUGUCAUUUUUUUUCUUUAGAUUCGGUUGAAACAUCUGGCGGGAAGGUUCUCAUUCACUGUCAAGCUGGCAUCUCUCGCUCGGCAACCAUAUGCCUUGCAUACUUAAUGAGUAAACGACAAUAUACUUUGGAACAAGCGUACGAGUACGUGAAAGCGAGGCGUUCGGUUAUUUCACCUAAUUUUCAUUUCAUGGGACAACUGUUGAACUGGGAGCGGGAAAACCGAGCUCUAAAUGCAGCAAUGUCUCCAGAUAAACUAUCGCCUUCGCCGUCCCAAUGCGGUCUAUUUAGCUACUCAAAUAUGGCCACUACUCCAGAUUCGAGACCAAGUAGUCUGCAUACGAACAGUUGUUUUGUUACCGUUUCUACGCCAACGUGAAGUGUGUUCGAAUAUAGCGUUAUCAUAGAUAGACAUAGAAAUCAAUUUCAACUAUAAACGGUGAAACUACGGUCUUUUUGAACACCUUUUUUUAAAUACACUCAUCACCGAUAAUAUUCAAAAUCAGUACAGAGGUAGUUAGGUCACAUUCAAAUAUUCAUUCCACCUGUCACAUGGCCAUGGGCGACCUUCAUUGUUAGUCGCAUCUUUCAAAGAGAUUAUACAGAAACAAGCCAGAUUGUCAACGGGCGUAGAGGCUAUCCUUGCAUACCAACGAAGGUGAAAACACCCGAGGGUGACAAUGCAUAGUUUCCUUUGGUAAAAGCAUAUAAGCAUUAGAAUUCCUGGCAUCUCACUCGAUAGAAUUAAUUUCGAGUGUAAAUUUUAUAAAUUUCUUAGACCUAACCACGGGCAGUUGUUCUUGUAUCAAAUAUAGGUUUAAUAAAGGUCAUUUACACUCGAAAUUUCUGUCAACAAAACCCUCCAUAUAAGCAUUAAAAGGCCCUGCGGAGGGAGUGAAUGAGCGAUGAUUUGCAGUAUAAACAGAACUUCACCAAUUGACAUGAAAAUUUGAAAGAUUAUAUUUAUAUUUAUCAACACUUUUGAUAACAGGAAUUUUAGUAGAUCAUAUAUAUUAACAAAUUCGUCAUGUCUUAUGAUAUCUGUUCCCAAACGCCUCAUACAAAAUACCUCGAAACAGUCAAAAGAUAAAGUUCAUUCGUGCAUUUAUGGUUUUAUGUAAAUAUAUUUUUGUAAAUAUUCCAUGCAGAUGAUAUAAUUUAUGGGUGCAAUAAAAUUUACUGUAGCUAGUGAAA